AUGUCUGUUGUGGGCCGAAAUGGAAGUAAGUUAACAAAAAAAUGUUUUAUUUUUCAUUUCAUUUCAGCUCAAACAACUGCUCUGAAAUUCACCUCAUCUGCUGGUCAAGACAGUGGUUUUAUAUCAGCUAAUGUUGGUGACAGUGUAACUUUACUAUGUCCCCGUGAAGAUUAUCCUGCAACAAGGGUUUACUGGUAUAAGCAAACGCUGGCACAGAAACCAAGGCUCAUCUCCACUUUGAAUACUUUUGACACAAAUAGCACUUUUUAUGAUGAAUUCAAGAACAAUCGACGCUUCACACUGGAGACUGAUAAUGGAAAUAAUCACUUGACGAUCACAGAGUUGCAGAUUUCAGACUCAGCUACUUACUACUGUGUUAGAUACUAUUUAUACAAGUUAAUAUUUUCAGAGAACAUUAUUGUCAAUGUAAAGGGUUCAGGUUUAAACAUCCAAGCUUUGGUGCGUCAGUCGGCAUCUGAGAGCAUCCAGCCAGGAGGCUCUGUGACUCUGAACUGUACAGUACACACUGGGACCUGUGAUGAUGGAGAACACAGUGUUUACUGGUUCAAAUACUCUGAAGAAUCUCAUCCAGGACUCAUUUACACACAUGGAGGCAGGAAUGAUCAGUGUGAGAGGAACACCAACACACAAACACACACCUGUGUCUAUAAGUUGCCGAUGAAGAGUCUGAAUCUUUCGCAUGCUGGGACCUACUACUGUGCUGUCGCCUCAUGUGGACAGAUACUGUUUGGAAACGGCACCAAGCUGGAUGUUGGCAAUGAGGUGGACUGUUUUGUCUUGGUGUAUUUCUUGAGUGGAGUUUUGGUGUUCACCAUCAUCCUCAGUGUUUUACUGGCUUUCUCAAUGUACAAGAUGAACAAGAGCAACAGUGGCCAAAGUUACCAGGGUUACAAAGACACAGACAACCUGUAUUAUUGCGCUUCAUCUGAGAACCUGUCCAACAGACAGAAGGACCAAAUCUGGAGUGAAUGUGUGUACUACAGCGUAAAGCAGUAG